AGUUUUCUGGCACGUAAGACAGCGUUUAGCCUACCUUUCUGUGGACACUUAGCUUAUCACGGUGAAGCCAGUUACACAGGAAAACAAGGGAACUGGUUGCAGCUGCAUACACUGUCAGAUGCUGGAUAAUGUGCAAGGCAUACAGCCCAAUCACCAGCAUUAUUGGCAGCAUCAAUUGGCAGUACAUCGUUGAUCUGAACAACGUGCAAAAGAAAGUUGGACUACACGCUGCCAAUAGAGUCACAGACAAGCAUGUGAACUUUUCAAAUCAGAAGAUGAAGGUCUCCCUGGCAGCUAAGACUUUGAGCAACUCUGUGGCAGUGGCGCUCCACACCUUGCGGGAGAUGGGCGAUGCACAGUUCAAAGACUGUGAGGCCACUACAGAGUUCCUUGAGGUUCCUCUCAAUCCUGGACUUCGUCAUCAAUAUUGACACGAUGUUGAUGGUUCCUGUGCUGCUUGAAGGACAGCGAUAUGUCCUGACCUACAGGUUCAGCCAGGACCACUUGGAGCUUCUCUUCAACUCCAUCAGAGCAUCUGGAUUUGUUGUUCGAAGAACUUUGAAGAAGCUGUCCUGCAAUGUCUGCCGUGCCAGCCUGGUGACGGACGCUGCGUCUGCCAGUAAGGACAGCAGCUACCACCUGCUGACUUUGAAAAACAAUGGAGGUCUUGUGAUUCCAUCUGAAGGCACAGUGAGGGUCGUCAGAGCAGCAGAGUGGGUCAUUCGCCAGGCAUCAGCAGGCAGACGAUCACAGCCCAUCAAACCACAAGAGGUCCUCUACAUUGUGCGCAAGAGGAGCGGGUCAGACGAUGUGUUUUUGCUUGGGGAGCACAUAAGAGAUACCCAAUAUGGCAUUGACUCCCACCAUCAUACACUGCUGACAUUGGUUGUGUCCCUGUUUUUUAAGUUAAGGCUGCACCACAUUGCUAAAGUAGCAACGCCUAGCUUACAGAUUGACAAUGUGAGACAGAAGCUCACUAAAACAGUCCUUCUCAAAGGACCACACAUCUAACAAAGCCUUUUUCUGUUAGAUGUGUGGAUUUGUCCACCACAUGCUUUGAAUAAACAAUAACCCAGCUUAGGGAGAAUAUCAUCAAUGAAAAAGGAGUGAAAUACCUGAAAUUACAGCAUCUUAAGCACAUUUACUCGAAACUGUCCAGUUUUUCCAAUUCUCACUUUCUGUCAUAUACCCCCAGUAGUAGCACUGCGUACCCCGAUGGGUACACAUACCCCCAGAUAAGCAAAACUUGCAGACCCCCUAUGUUCUUAGAGAAUCACACUUUAGUUGCAACUGUACUUGGAUGGGUUUAUUGUUUUUUACUCUACCACCAACAGGGAUACCAACAACUUUACAAUUAUUUGCCAGGGUUGGCGUGAGCUCAAAGAAAAAGGAAUCAGAACGAAUGUGCACAGAGUUGAAUUUAUA